UCUUGGUUGCACAUAACGGAUUUUUAAGGAUAAUUAUCCUGUUCUGGAUGUAAUCUUCUCCGUGUUUUUGGAUGGAUAUAUAUUUUUUGUUAAAGCUAAACGUCAUUUUUGACAGAAGUAUCUUAAUUAGCUGCAUCAAACCUAAGAAUGACUUCCACCAAAAAAUAUUUGGGAGCCCAAUGUUAUUUAUGUCCUAUCAGAGAGAGUGAAACGAGUAUUUUAUCUGAGCAGCAACGAAUGAGAGCGAUGACACGUUAUAGACUGCAGCAACACCUGUCGCAUGCCUGUGUCAAUCAAACUGAAGAAGACACAAGUCUCAACACUGAUUAAUCAUAACUAAUGCGAAACAUAGCUAUCGGUACAUAUUUAUAGCGAGAAUUAAUGACAAGUAAAGCUAAUGAGAGGAUGAAAGAUUUAAUGUGUAAGGGAACUGUUUGCAAAACCAAACGGAAGCCACCACCAAAGCGUCAUUAGAGCAAUUAAUAACUAGAAGAGGUUUUCCAAUCACCUAUGGCCUGCUAGUUACAACGGAAUCAUCCAAUCAGCCGACAUUAGUCUCCGUCCAAGCUCCGCCUCCGAGCAACAGGCCGCUGCAACUCGAGGGUGAAGUAACAGCACGUGCGUUCAUUCCGCUCGUUAAGUGGAGAGAUCAUUUCGUCAAGCGACGUUCUCCGUUUCUAGACUCUCAAAAUGUUAAAGUGGCCCCAUACUCGCUAACAAGACAUCGGAAUGGAUUCGGAUCUUAAUCGUUUAUCACCAGAAAAGUCGACGGAAUCAAACCAGAAAGCGUCAUCAAGUGGAGCUAAGUCUAUAUCAUUUUCUGUAGCAUCGCUUCUGGCAGGAUCCAAGAAUGCAAACGGUGAUGCCGCUCCCAGUAGAUCUACCCACCUGAGAUUUGCUACGCCGACUCGAUUUUCUGUAGAAGGACUUCUUCGUGCUGAUCCACUCUUUCAUUUAACCGGAGUUCCUCGUCCUACUCCAAUUUUGGACGGGGUUAAACUGUCUUUGGCGCCACAGCAAAACAUUGUGACUCCUGUCACGUGGACCUCGACGCAUCUCGGCACUUCUGUUAUGCCCUGGAUGCAGCAACACACGCGCCCCAUUUCUCCAUCUUCACUUAAUAAAUCGAUGGAACCUCCUAAAUUACCGGCAAUGAAGUGCCAACUGAGACGUCACAAGAGCAAUAGGAAACCACGAACGCCUUUCACAACACAACAACUGCUAGCGCUGGAAAGAAAGUUUCGCACGAAACAAUACUUAUCAAUUGCCGAAAGAGCCGAAUUUUCGAGUUCACUAAAUUUAACCGAAACCCAAGUUAAAAUAUGGUUUCAAAAUAGAAGAGCCAAAGAGAAAAGAUUAAAAGAAGCCGAAUUGGAAAAGUUACGAAUGGCUGCAAGGCCCAUAUUACCGAACAGUUUAGGAUUAGGAUUAGCGGGUGUUAAUCCUUUUUUACCAAUUGCAGCCACUAGCAUGCAUCACGAAUUUUCUACGUAUCCACGACCUCUUCUGAUGUCACCAUACGCACCUAUAUGCAGUCAGGCUUCUUCUUCUGAAGAAUUAACAGUGUAAUCGAAACACUGCAGUAAGUAAAUCAUGUAUUAAGUUAUUACAGAUCCCAUCUUAUAAUUGAAAUUUACACGAAUUCGUUAUUUAAAUUUAACGUAUAUAAACUUAGAAGCCAUAUUGAAAACUACAAAUUUAGUUACAAAAAUUAAGAUUUUUAUUUUAAACAAUUCAUAUAUUUUGAUGGGAAAAUGUAAAAAAAAAAAAAAAAAUCUUUCAUCGAUCUGCGCUUAGAAUUUUAAUAGGCACAUACUAAGAAAGAGCGCGAAUAAUAAAGAAAGAAUGCAAAAUUUCGUUACAAAUCAUGCUCUUACUAAUUACUCCUCUCACAUUCAAACAAGCCGCCUUUAUCUUAUAAAUGCAGUUAAUACGACAAACACGAAGUCGAUUAUAGAAGAAGAGGAUUUAAAAUAAGAAAAAAAAUUUUGUAGCCAGCAAAGAGAGACGUCUACAAAGAAAGGUAGUUUGGCAACUCUAAGAAUUAAUUCCAUUCGUUUGUCAUAAUUUACUGCCUUCUCUAAGUAUUGUAGACACGAUAUAGAUGUAAAACAUUAUUUUAUUCUGCCAUGCACAGUAUAUAAAACGUUUCCAAUGUUUUUCUAUAGCAGCCAUUUCGUAAUAUAACCAUUUGAAUUACUGAGCAUUGUUCUGGUUGAUCUGCUUGCAUUCCACUUCUUUACGAUUCGUUAUCACGAUAAUCACCAAUGACUAAACUUAAAAAAAUAUAAAUAAUAAUAAAUAAUAUCGAAUAUUUAAAUUA